GCUCCUUGGGUGGAUUCUGCCUCGCUCUGCAGACGACACGCUCAGCUGUCUUAAGUUCUUACAUUAUUCGUUACAACUUAUAGAAUCGUUAAUGGUUCACUGACUGUUGUUGUUUUGUUACUAUCAAUCUUGAGUUAUGAUCAUUCUAACAGUAUUGUGUUACUGUUAUUUACUCGCUUACACGGCUUCCGGUAAGAAGCAGAUUGAGGCCAAUCCAGAUGCCAAGCGGUUAUACGACGAUCUUCUCAGUAACUAUAACAGGUUGAUAAGACCUGUUAUCAACAACACAGAAUCUGUCACCGUGUGGCUGGGUCUCAAGCUCACCCAACUCAUCGAAAUGAACUUGAAGAAUCAGGUGCUCACAACGAAUGUAUGGGUUGAACAGAAAUGGGUGGACUACAAGCUACGGUGGGACCCCGAAGAGUACGGGGGUGUGGAGAUGCUGUACGUACCCUCAGAGCACAUUUGGCUACCCGACAUCGUUCUUUACAAUAAUGCUGACGGAAAUUAUGAGGUGACCUUGAUGACCAAAGCUACUCUUAAGUACACAGGGGAAGUCAUCUGGAAGCCACCCGCCAUUUACAAGUCGUCUUGUGAGAUCAAUGUACUAUACUUUCCUUUCGACCAACAGAGCUGCAUUAUGCGUUUCGGCUCAUGGACUUACAACGGCUACCAGGUGGAUUUGCGCCACAUGGAGCAGCAGACAGGUUCCAACCUGGUCCCCGUCGGAAUUGAUCUGAGCGAGUUCUACCUAUCAGUGGAAUGGGACAUCCUUGAAGUUCCUGCAAGGAGGAAUGAGGAAUAUGAUCCGUGCUGUCAAGAACCUUACUCAGACAUUACAUUCAAUCUGACAAUGCGGCGUAAGACUCUCUUCUACACGGUGAACCUGAUUAUUCCCUGUGUCGGCAUUACAUUCCUCACUGUCCUCGUCUUUUACCUGCCUUCCGAUUCGGGUGAAAAGGUGACUCUUUGCAGUUCUAUCCUUGUGUCACUCACUGUGUUCUUCCUCUUGUUGGCCGAGAUUAUUCCUCCCACAUCUCUGGCAGUGCCUCUGCUUGGAAAGUACCUUCUGUUCACCAUGAUCCUCGUCACUCUCUCAAUCUGCGUCACUGUAUGUGUGCUCAAUGUCCACUUCAGGUCACCAUCUACCCACAAGAUGUCACCCUGGGUGAAGAAAGUAUUCUUGCACGUGAUGCCACGGAUUCUGAUGAUGAGACGCCCUCCCUAUUCUCUUAGGGACAACUAUGACGAGUCUUUCUAUGAUGGAGGUUACAUAAAUGAUGGUGACUUCAGGGACAGCAUCAGUGAUCCAUAUCCAGGAGAUUCUAAAGGCAGUCCGCACGAACCUCGAGGAUUCGAAUCUGUGGCGAGCGCUUACCGAACUGCGAUCGGCGAUGAGUCGCGACACCAGCCUCAUUCUUCAAUGACAGACUCUGAGAACACGUUGCCUCGUCAAAUGUCACCAGAUGUUCUCUCGGCUCUCCAGGGUGUCAGAUUUAUCGCUCAGCACAUCAAAGAUGCCGACAAGGAUAACGAGAUUGUGGAAGAUUGGAAGUACAUCUCGAUGGUUUUGGACCGCUUCUUCCUGUGGGUGUUUACGCUGGCCUGUAUAGGAGGAACGUGCGGCAUCAUCUUCCAAGCACCCUCCUUGUACGACACUCGCAUCCCCAUAGACCAGCAACUCUCCGAGAUCCCCUUCCGCAAGAAUAAUCUGCACUUGCCCGACGAGUUUUUGCAGAUUCACGUCACUGGCGUUGUCUAAUAGCCAUAUCUGAAAGAUUGCCAGUGGACCAUUAGAGUUCCUCCUGCAGAACUGUUAUAGAACCAUUUAGGAUUGAUGAAGAACAGUGAGCCCCCCAAAAUCACAGUUUCAAGUGAACCUUGAAAACACGUGCAUGAAUUUGUUAUAUUUUCUACAGUUAGGUUCAGGACGAAGAAAUUAGUAAUUCGCUACCUAAUGAAAGAAUAGAAGAGUACACUACUUUGUUACAUAUAAAAUUAUCAGAUAGUAGCUCCAACAGAAUUAAGUAGUUUAGAUUUAAUUUUAGUACAUUAGAUUUUAGUUUUAGAUUAGAGUUCAUAGGGCCAAUAUUCUGAACUUGUAGAGCAAGAGGUUCGGGCUCAAAUUUGAGAGCACAAAAUGUUGUUGAGAAAUUAAACCAGUGCACUUGAGCCACUAAUUAAACCUGACUAAAGCCAAGCUCAGUAACUAAUUAAACAAAAGCACGGGUUAAUACAGAUCCUCGAGUCUUCCAUUGGUUUUAUUUGUCACUCGUUGUUUAUUGUUUGGAAAUCCUAAACAGUAACUCGUAGUUAUAAUAGGUCACCAAGUUUUUAUUUUAUUUAAACAAUUUACAGAAACAAUAAUUAAUUAUAAUUUUGAAAUCAACUUACAUUUGGUUUUUCAAGAGUACUUUUCUAAAGGUACGAAUUAGAGCCUAUAGAUAUUAUGAAAAUCAUAUUCUUAAUUAAUUGUUGAUAUUGAUAUAUAUUUUGAAUGGCUUACUUAAUGUACUAGUAAGAUACUUGUCAACGCCCGUUAUACAACUUAACUAACUGUAUAAAAUUACCGAUAAAGCCUCUUAAUGAUUUAAAGUAAAAUUACUAUGAAUAAAAAUAACAAUACUAAAAUAUCUCUUAUAAUGUUUUACUAAGUACUGAUUGAGUGCUGCAAACAAUUUUAAGUACAUUUUUAAAAAGGUAAUUUGUAACUCUGACAAAUUUGUGAAUAGUGUAACUCCGUAGCAAGUCCACAGUGUCUUUGCAUGUUGGUGGAUAUUUGUCGGAACCACGAAAAACUCGGCAGGUAAAUACAAAUAGUAGAGAAUUAAAAAUAAUUAUAGGUUGCUUAUAUUUUAGAAGGCAUGGCAUAACAAAAUCCUUGAUGAUCUUGAAUUAACAACUUUGUUAUUAAAUUACAGUUUGGAACAUUAGAUUUUUCAAAGUUAGACUGUUUUGUUACUUACAUCUCCUCAGAGAUUUUAAAUGUUAACCACAACAUUUCUUCAAAUGCCCUUUUAAAUUAUGGCAAUCUUGGAUAGACACAACAACUAAAAUGGGCAAAGUCCUAUGCUAUAAAUCCUAUAAAAUUAAAUUUAGGAGUUCUUAAAGGUUCAUUAACUUUUCCUUCAUUGUUUCCAAUGUAUACUAAAUACUUCUUCCGUAACACUUAAUCAGUAUGUUGAUAAACACAAAACAAAAAUGAGCCUAUAAAUUCAAAAGUUUUAACAUGUAAAUAUGUACACAAUAUUUAGAAAUAAAUUUUAAAACAAAGUGUCAAAAUUCAUUGUUUAUCAAUGGCUUUUGUCCGGAUUUAUUUUAACUCACACCAUAUAUUAUUUUAUAUGAUAACAUUUAUUUGGAGAAAUAAUAAUCACAAGAAUAUGUGAGUACAUAUUUAUGGAGCUUCAAAUUUAAAAAUGAAUCUUAUCUGACAUGCUUAAUCUAAGAUAUGUAUCCCCUAUGUAAGCUUAACAAAUGUAGUUAAUCAAGUAACGAAAAUAUAUUUGUAUGGGCAAAUGUAUCCCCAUUGAGACAAAUUACAUGGAAAAGAUGCACUCAUAAUAUAUUUAUAUAACUGUUUGUCAAAUUGAAGUCAAAUUGCAUAUUAUAUUUUUUAACCUAAAUUUCAAACUGUAAGGAAUAUUUAUGAUGAUAUUAUAAAACAUAUUGUAAUGCACAGGAUCUAACAACAUAUAUUAAAUUUAUGUUAUAAUAUUAAAGUGAGUUAACAUUAUCAAAAUUUAUAGUACAGUGCAUAAAUAUAGAAACUAAUUUAAUUCACCAUUUAACAGGAAACUAAAGUACUUAUAGUUUAUUUAUUAAUAACUCGCAUUUGACUGUAGAGUAUUGUGACCUUUAUCAAUACAGACAGUUGAUAAACCCUACCAAGAUGUCCUAUAUAGACACCAGCAGGAUAAUUUGGGUUAAGUGGAAAAGUUUCUUCUUCGGGCACACCACUGCACAUUUUUAACCAUUGAUUAUCUAUAUACAUUUUCUAUUCGCCCUCAAACAAAAAAAUACUGUAACAUAUACUAUACGAUGUUCUUAUUUGAUAUGAAUAUUAACGUUUUUGACGUUAUAAAGUGUAUCAUUAACUUGUAAUUAUUUAAAGAAUUACAAAGGUUGUGACUAUGGUUAAUAUUUCUGUGAUCGCUAUUUUAAGAAUAUACUAAUAGUGAAAUACUUUGGAUUGUUAUGGAAAUUAGUCUAUUAAUGUGUCUUCCUGCUGAAACAUGCUUGCAAAGAAGUUAGAUUUUGUUUGCACUACAUAUUUAUAUUGAGUUAGGCUAUUAACUAGACAUUAUAAUAUAAAAGGUUUUAAUAAUGUAAAGAGGAUAUUAAAGUGUUUAAUUACAA